UCUGUAAGGAUGCCAACAUUUUUGGCCUUGUUUGUAUUUAAUACUUACAUCAUCUCCCUCCCUAUCUGAACAGGAGACACAUAAAGUAGGAGUGUUUAUAGGAUUAAUGGUGUCUAGGACUCAGAAGAAGCCCCCUAGGGGGCACAAGCAGCCAAAGCUAAUGGACUGGUCUAUUCUUAGCGUUCCCGCCUGCCUCCACUUUAUUUGGAAGAAAUAUAGUGUUUACAAACAUGUAAGGGUUAUUUAUAUUUUUGAUCAGGUUCCAGUUUUCCUCUACACUGAAAUAGUUAGUCUUACUAUACUGAAAGAAAAGGGAAGAAACACUGGCAGAUGAUCAGUCUGUCCUCCAUGUUUUUCUUGAGACGUAAGAAGCUUCUUUGCUCCCCGUUUUGCAAACAGGCUUGUUCUCCAGCAGAUUGUGAAGCACUGUGCAUGUAGAUACACUUGCACCCUCUUGCUGCCAGUACUGAGCAAGCUCUGCACCGGUGGCAACAGGACUCUGUUGCACAGCGCUGUGUAGCAGGUUUUCCUGGAGUUGUUGGAGACUCUUGUGGAUCCUGAAGCCUUUUUUUUUUGUAAACUGUGAUGACCUGGGACAAUAACACUCCCAGUCAGAGGGUGGUGCAGGACACAUUUAAAAGAUGACAUCUCAGAACAUACACAGAAGAAGAAAAGAAAUUGAAUAGGAGACUGGCUGCUUAAAAUCUUUUAACAGCCUCCAGAAUAUAAAAUCCUGAACUAUCCCUUUAAUUCGGCUCCCUGCUCCGCUGGGAAUGUGUGCUGCCUCUCCAUGUAGAGCUGUCUGGUGGGCUUAAGAGGAUUGAGUGAAACGGUGUGAAGACUACAUAACAUCUUCUGAGGCACUAGCUCAGAGUGGUUCCCUCAUCUUAACCGUUGCUAACAACCCUCCACCAACCACCAAGCUAGGUUAAUUACCCCAAGGUUAAAGCAGCAGGCGACUAGAUAAGCAUGAAAACCAACUGAAAUAAAAGAUAAGAGGAUCCUUUCUGGAAACAAUCCUGUGAACUUAUCUGGCACAGAUCUUUAUUUUCAACCACUCUCUCCUGUGAGCCGUUGUAACUAAGUGACUUGUGAAAGCACCGAGAUCCAGUGGGAGAGUAACUGAGCAGCAGAAGUCGUGUGUGGGGUAAAAGUGAAACUUGCGGAGGGAUCUGUGAGCUUUCAGCUUACAGUUCUCUUCCCUCCCUGACCUAGAAACAGAUCAAACUCAUGGCCUCUUUUCAUCCACUCAGGAGGCUUAAGGGCUUCACUGACACUAUGAUCCAUUUACAAGUCCACACUGUCAUGGCUGACUCAAUGACUUGGGCGCUGGCUCUCUUAGAUCGAAAUAUUCUUAAGCUUUUUUUUAGCCAGUGAGAAAUUACAAAGAAAUAGCUAAAAAAAAAUUAAAAAAAAGGAAAUGUUGGUAUUAUUUUCUUCAGUAAAGUGGUUUCAUGAGGACCUUAAGUAUAACAGAUCCCUCUGACUGUUUUUAGAAGCUGGGUGAUCUGUGAGGAGUCUUCCCAGGUCACUUGAGGGGGUCAAAAGUUCUUACAUUGGUGGUUGUGGACAGCAAGCAAAGCCUUUGAUCUUCUGCAGGACACUGACAGCUUGAGACUGUUUGAGAAAGGAUUAGCUAAUAUUAUCUCAGGUUUAUCGACCUGAAUUGGCCCACACAUUAUAAUAGACGAAGCGUUGGGAUUGCCUGUAGAAACAGGAAUAAAAUAUUAAUUGGCGUCUAAGGUUUACAAUUAAAAUUGUUUCAGAGAUUUUAAAACGAGGUUCUAUGAAAAGGUGAUAAGCAGCUGAUAUGCAGUAGAUGGCCAUCUUGGUGACUUAUUAAAUGGUCUAGAAGGUGGAAGCUAACGGCUAGUCCCAGAGCGGCCAAGGCCAAACAAAACACAGUAAAGUGUUUUCCUUGAGUCCAUUUCAAACUAUAAUUUAGCAUUUUUUUGUAUUGCCUUUGUAGUAAUGGAUUCUUCCUCACUGUGUGGCUUUUCAGUCCUUGUUCCUUUUUAGGAUGAUCAACUGGUCUCCUUCCUGAAGAAUAUCAUAGCUGGACAUUGCCAUGGGCUUUAUCCUUGUACAUAACUGUUGUAACAGGUGAAUGUGGCACCUUCACUGAUCUUGAAAUUGUACCUGCAGCUAUUGAACCAAACUACAUAGAAAAGCUGCUAUUAGACUACUUUUAUUGAAUUUCACAUGCAAUAAAAACUGCUCUGUUCUACUUAAUCUUUGUCCAAAAUUAUUAGGGCCUCAAGUAGCCACAUGCAGCUCCAGAGCUGCAGUUUGCAGACCGUCAGUGCAGGUAAACAUCUGGUUUUAGUCACAUCUGUAACAUCUGCUUGUUUCCACACCAGGAUGUUGUUGGAGAUUAUCUCACUCAAUAUGGUCUUCGUUAUGACAAUAAAAACACAGUAUUAUUAGAAAUGUGUUGCAGAUUUUUGUUCUUCCUUUUUCGGUGAUCAAGAGAUGGCCAUUGAUGAGUUAGAGUAAAUAUUGCCGGUGAGAGAGUGUUAGGGGAGAUAGAAAAAAAAAAAAAAAGGCAAGCAGAUUAGAAGUGAGCUCACUGAAGUCCAUGUUCUGGUGAGACAGGCAGGAGGAAAGUAACGAUGCCCAAGAUCUUUUCCCAUUCCAUCUGCGCACAUGCAAAUGAUAUCUUGUGAUAACAUGAGGUAAUAACUACACAAUAUUCAAUUCAAUUUCGCAGUUGUCAUGUUUUAAGUAAAUGCAGAUAGACAUACUAGAUUUAUUUAAAUUUAUCCAUGACAUAUGUCAAAAAAAAUGUUUCUGGUUGUUUCUUUCUUUUGAUCUUACUGUGCACCUCACUGUUAUCUUCAUGGUCAACAGAAUCCAAAGGACCACUGCUAGACUUUGAAAAAUCAGGGACAGAUAUAGAGGUCUUCAAAGCCUCUUACGACAGAGACGCUUACGAUUCCCUUUCCGUGUACAGCAUCCUUGAAUAGACCACACAAAUAUCCUUAAGCCAAAAUCCCUCCUUGGUAUUUAAUUCUAAAUGAGUAAUUACUGGGUGUGUCAGUGUGUCUUAGGUUUGCAGGUGUGCUGUGUGCAGGAGCUCAUUUGCACGCUGGCUUUGGGAGAGAAGUGCACUCUCGCAUAGACGCACAAACUCCAAGUGGGCAUCCUUGGGAAGCCACUGAAGAAGCCAGUCACGUAGGGGGACAGAACACAUAGAACCGCCAAGAUGUGUGACAUGGGGGGCUUGGAUAACCUGGUGGCCAACACGGCCUACCUGAAAGCACAAGGAGGGGAUGACAAGGAGAUGAAAAAGCGCCGCCGGAGCUUGUCUCUGCCCAAGCCGGAGCAGUGUGCUGCCGUCAGAGGAGCCAUCGACAAGGACUUUACAUUCAUUUGUGAAAGGCAGCCUAUAGGGAAAAGGCUUUUCCGUGAUUUUCUGUCUAGUACCCCCGAGUUCAAACUUGCUGCAGAGUUCCUGGAUGAGCUGUAUGACUGGGACCUCGCUGAAGGUGCAACCAAAGAGAAGGCUCGGCAAGAAAUUAUGACAAAGUACUGCAAAGCUGACUCCAAAUCCUUCCUGACCUUUCUUACCGGGGAGCCUGCGGAAAAAUGCAAGUCUGUUACAGAUGCCAACUUUGAAGAGGUGAUGAAAACCAAGGUCCAGGAGGGUGUAAGAGAUUUUCUGAAAGGCAAGCCUUUUACAGAAUACCAGGCCAGCCAAUUCUUUGACAAAUUCCUUCAGUGGAAGGAGUACGAAAAGCAGCCCAUCAGUGACAAAUACUUUUACGAAUUCAGGACUCUGGGAAAAGGGGGCUUUGGUGAGGUAUGUGCUGUUCAGGUCAAGAACACUGGUCAGAUGUACGCCUGCAAGAAGUUGUGUAAAAAGCGUCUGAAAAAGAAGGGUGGUGAAAAAAUGGCCCUUUUAGAAAAGCAGAUCUUGGAGAAGGUCAACAGUCUGUUUCUGGUCAACUUGGCCUAUGCAUAUGACACCAAGACUCACCUGUGCCUUGUCAUGACCCUGAUGAAUGGAGGAGACCUCAAGUACCACAUUUACAAUAUAGGAUACGAUGGCAAAGGUGUGGACAAGGGCAUAGAGAUGAAACGCAUCGUUCACUACACUGCACAAAUCGCCACCGGCAUCCUGCACCUCCACGCCAUGGAUAUUGUAUACCGUGACAUGAAGCCUGAGAAUGUUCUGCUGGACAGUCAAGGCCAGUGUCGACUUUCAGAUUUGGGUCUGGCAAUAGAGGUCGUUCCCGGAAAAACUGUCACCCAGAUGGCUGGUACAGGAGCCUACAUGGCCCCUGAACUCCUGAACAAAACACCAUAUCGGACAUCAGUGGACUGGUGGGCCCUGGGCUGCAGUAUCUAUGAGAUGGUGGCAGGCUACACACCUUUCAAAGGCCCUGAGAGCAAAAAGGAGAAAGUGGAGAAGGAGGAGGUCCAACGACGCAUUCUUAAUGAGGAGCCAAAGUGGGAGCACAAGUGCUUUGAUGCUGCCACUAAGGACAUCAUCCAGCAGUUCCUCAAGAAGAAGAUAGAUGAGCGCCUGGGCAUGAGGAACAACAUGGAGGAUCCGAGGAAGCACGAGUGGUUCAAGACAAUCAACUUCCCUCGCCUGGAGGCAGGGCUCGUGGACCCUCCCUGGGUGCCCAAACCCAACGUCGUCUACGCCAAGGAUACAGGCGACAUCGCAGAGUUCUCCGAGAUCAAAGGCAUUGAGUUCGAUGCCAAGGAUGAUAAAUUUUUCAAGGAGUUCAGUACGGGCGCAGUGCCCAUUCCCUGGCAGCAGGAGAUGAUCGACACCGGACUGUACGACGAACUCAGUGAUCCCAACAGGAAGGAGGGUGCAGGAGGUCUAGAUGAUGACAAGAAGUCCGGCACGUGUGCGCUCCUCUGAGCGGGCUCACGUCAGGCUUCUGACACCUCAGUAAUUUGCUUUCUCAUGGACCAUAGCAUCGGUGUAAAAAGUGGAUCAUGUUUCAUGAGGGGUAAGGAUUGGCAUCUUUGCAGAGAGAAAGAGCUUGUAAGGAUGCUGAUGGCUUAGAGGUGGGCUGCUCCUGAAACAGAGCUCACAAAAGCAUGAACAAUGACAUGAUGAUGUAUUUUACACAUCAUUCCUGGUCCACAGCUUCUCUUAAAGACAUGCGUAUUAAAUUCUGUAGACUUGCAACUACAUUGACCAAGAGUGACUGCUAGCAGUAAGUUGUUUUUUUUUAUCCACACAAGUGUUUGCAGUGAAACCGCAAAAGUAAACUGGUGUUUGCACGGGAAUACACUUGGAAACUGUUGUUACAUGUACAACUGUAAAGAUAGAAAUGUAAAGUGUCUUCUAGUCUUUGAAAUCCAUCAGUCCUGCUGGAUUGUGGAAUAUCUGCGUUUAUUUACGCUUCCAUAACACCAGGGGGUUUCUACAGUGAGGAGUGGGGUUUUCUUCCACCACCGCAUUCCACAGAGAUAUUUGUAGUAUUCUUUUUUCGAUAUUAUUUUAGACCACGUAGUUACAGCGAAACACAGCAUUUACAUCCGUCUGACUUCUUAGUUUUAUACAAACUAUAAAACGCGACUGUAUGUGUUGUACAUAGAGUUGUGCAAGUAUCUAUGCACAGAAAAGGGAAGCUUUAUGUAAGUAAUUUCAAGUUUAGAAUGAUUUUAGAGAAAUUAAAUAAUACCAAACGCCUCCCCGCUCUGAGUCUCUCCUGUGUUGGUGCUGUAACGUUCGACAUAAGGAUGGAGAGUGAAGCCCAGGGAUGUUUUGGGACAGAAGAAUGCACAACUAGCAGAUCAUUUCUGCGUAUGAUGGAGGACAAUUUAGAGGAGUUGGGCAAUAAAUUCCUGUACCAGGAGUUCCCUGUCCAUGGCCCUGAAGCUCUGUGAUCAUUCAGGGCUGUUUUUAUUAGUCUAAUGAUUGUAAAAAAAAGAAAAAACUCAAGCUAGUCAGAUAUCGUAAAUUAUUGUAUAGUUUAUGUUGAGCUGAGUCUAGAGACUUUGAAUAGGCCAGUUCUUGUUGAUUGUCUCAGGGUCUUUAUUUGUUUUAAACGGGCAGAUCUCAGGCAGAGUUGAGUUUUUACCAUUUAUGUGAAUAUAAUUCAAAUGUGCAAUCAUGUUCCUGUACAUAUGAAUGAAAGAAAAUGAAGUAAUGCGCUGUGUAAAUUUGAAAAAAACAAACAAACAAACAAAAACCUUUACGUUUGAAUCAGCUGGAGGAAAUUAAAUAUGUCUUUUGAAAUCCGUG